AUGCCAUUGUUCAACCCAUGGAACCCAAACAACCCCGCAGCUUCCCAUCCUGUCCCCAGAGCAAUGGGUGCUUCUCCGGCCAUGUUGCAGCAACAUCAACAACAAACCAACCCAACUGAGCAACUUUCUCCGAAUUUCCGACCAGCUCAUCAACACGAAGCAAUCAGUCAAACUCACUCCGACAGCACUCCAGUCAGCUCAUUGUUGGGAAGUCAAAGUUUAACCCAAUCGGACAUCAGCAUGAAUGAAGAUCGGUCGGAGUACUUGCCGUCGCAAGCCGAAACUACUGCUAAUGCACUCGCCAACACCAAUCAACCCGAUGACCAAACUAGCGAGCCGUCCCAAGGCCAACCUGGAGUUUCAUCUCCACGAGUCCAUCGUGCUGCUGGGUGUGUGUCAACCGGCACACAAAUAGCGGGGGCUUUGAGUGAGCUUGUCAGCUUGAAUCAACCCGGUCAAAAGAAAACGCAAGGAGCAUUUGCCAUGAAGUUCUUCCAAGAACACAAUCAGGACGAGUUUGACGAUCUCGAACAAUUGGCGAUCAUCGAGGUUUUCUAUUCCGAGCGUUGGGCUGCCUUGUACAUGUCAAUUGAGAGGAAGCAAUUGCGACUUGAAUGGCUUCGAAAGCAGAUCUAG